GUGGUGCAGUACGCACGUUUCGCGUCGCGCAUGCGUCUAGUGGGCAUUCGCGCCUUUUUAUUUUAACAAAAAGUUUUUAUAUCGUUUUAAUUUAAAAACGGAAAAUGAAUGAAUGGCGCGAAAUGAAGCGAACUUCUUUUUAAUUGAUGUGCAUUUGUUUUUAUGAAAAUUAAAGUGAAGAAUUAAAAUGUGGCUAUCUGUGGUAUUUUCUGUGAUAACUUAUUUCAGAGCUGUAAAUGUUACCAAGAUAGGAGGAUUUAUGGCGCUGAAUUUGUAUGCGGGUCUAGUUAUUUAUUUACUUAUCGUGCCAUCAGUAUUCAGCCAAUCAGAUAGACCAAGUCGCUUGACCUACGAUCAAAUUUACAAUAGCACAACUUAUGCGCAAAUUCGUCACGCUUCGAGACCUGUGCAUGCCGAAGUACAUGUGCAAAGGACUAAGAAUCUCCUCGUUGGAGUCACCCAUGACCCCUUUAGGUAUUCCGUGCCUGAGGCAGAUUAUCACAAGGGGGUCAGGAUCGUCGAAUCCCCACAAUCCUCAAACCGCACUGAUCGAGGUAAACGAGGUGUAUCUCAUCUAUACAAUAUGUUGACUUGUGCGACUGGAUGCAACCCUAUCGCCUAUAAGGGGUACGGCUGCUACUGCGGACUAGGAGGAUCUGGGAGACCAGCGGAUGGGAUUGACAACUGCUGCAGGCUUCACGACAAAUGCUACGAAAACAUCCACUGCCCAUUCUACACAGUCUACUUCCAACCAUACUACUGGACAUGCUUCAACCAUGAACCCUUAUGCGCCUUAGAGAACUUCCAUAACGCAUACAUAAAUGGCUGCGCAGGCCGACUCUGUGAGUGUGACCGACGGUUCGCUAUGUGUGUCCGACAGUACACGUGUCCAAUUGGCCGUCCACUCUGCAAAUCUUCACCGUUUAGGUUGCUCCAGAAUAUUCUUAUCGUUCCUUAAGGUCAAAUGUAUAUCAAGAAUACGCGUAAAGACACGGUCAGUUUAUACUUUUUGUGUUAGUUUAAUAUUUGAAAAUUACUGAUUUGAAUUGUCAUUAUAAAAUGUUCGAUGAGGCGAUGAGAACUUGGAGAAACUGAUCACAGAUGGACCGAUCAAGUGAAAGACUCAUCGUUCUCAAAACUAUACACUGUCAUAAGAAAGACGCUGGACAGAAACCGAUGGAAACAGAUAGUCCGAUACUUCCUUGCUGAGCUGGACGCUCAGACAUGAGCUGUGGUUUAAAGAGAGAUAAAAUGUGCAGUAAGACUGUACAGAGGAGGUUAGGCUCUGCCCAUGCUUGAGCAUUCGAAAUUAUGUAAUCCCCGAAUAUCUCUAAAGGUAAAAAGGAUGGUCCAACUCAGCGACAAAGAUUAGUGUUAACUAAUAAACAUAAGUAAUUAAAAAGGAGUUAUCCUGCACCGGAAUUCUUUAACUUCCAAAAGCGUUUCGAUUUGAGAUUUUGAAAUAACUAUAAUUAAAUUGGAAAGAAACAGCGGAAUCGCGGUUGCUAUUGGGAGUUUGCAGCAUAGGUCUAUUUAGCCUGUGUAUCUAUUUUGGAAUUAUUAUACUAAAUAGCUUAAUGGGGCAUAUUUUGCACCUAAAAAUCAUGUGUCGAUUAUAUUAACUCGCAGAAUAUAUUUUGUGAUUCUAGUCUAGUUAUAGUUUUUACUUAAAUUAUAAGCUUUCGUCAAAAGCACUGUACAAAAUAGAGUUAAGUUGUUACCAUUAAUUAAGGAGAAUAAUAUGAAACUAAUAUUAUUGAUGAUAUUAAAGUAAUAAAAUAGGCUUUAUAAACGUAGAUCAAAGUUAAUACGGUAUUUGUUGCCAUGGUAAUUCUUUUGCAAGAAAAUAACGUCGUAAUUAAACGUUUUAUAAUUAGACCGCAUGUUUAAAAACAAAAUAAGGUCAUCCCUCGUAGGAUUAUGUUGUACAAAUAAAAUAUUAGAAUGUAAGUAAUUAUUUUUAUAAUUAAUUUUGUAAAUAAUACAU